AUGGUUUGGGAUUCGCGGCUGAUAUCUGAGCGGUGCAGGCAAGCUUUUCCAGGGGGUAACACAUUCACCGGACUGCCUGGAGAAGAGGGAAGUGCUCUAACCGUGGCUUCUGCAAAGCAGACGGCCCGCAAAGCCACCCGAGGGAAAGCACCCAGGAAACAACCGGCUACAAAAGCCGUUCAUAAGAGUGCGCCCUCCACUGGAGGGGUGAAGACACCUCCUCCUCCCAGGCCAGGCACUGCGGCACUCCGUGAGAUCAGACACUAUCAGAAGGCCACUGAACCGACUCGCAAGCUCCGCUCCCAGCGUCCGGUGCAAGAAACUGCUCAGAACUUCAAAACAGAUCUGUGCUUCCAGAGUGCAGCUUUUGCUUUGCAGGAGGCAUGUGAGGCCUACCUGGAUGGCCUUCUUGAAGAUACCAGCCUGUGUGCUAUCCGUGCCAAACGCGUAACUAUUGUGCCAAAAGAUAUCCAGCUAGCACACCGCAUACGUGGAGAAUGUGCUUAA